AGUCUUACGUCUUCCCCUUGCAGACAACAACAUACCCCAGCACAUACUGCUACAAGUUGAAUUCUGAGGGCGCAAAAUAUGGGAGGAAACUGCUGGAGAAAAACACUCUCAGGACACUUGCAAGCUUCCCUUUAAAGGAUGGUAUGAAGGAUUUAAACUCGCGCGACACCGAAAUAUUGCCCCGCCAUCUGGGAAAAAAAAAGAGUAACCGUUAAACUGGAUUGUGCUGGAGCCAGAAAGGACGGCUCGUCCCUGAUACGCUGCUAGCAGUUGGGGUCUACCGAGGGGAGAAAAAAUGAGGUUCGCUCAGUUUCUGUUGAAAAACGGCCCGCUAGCUGGGAUACCGAAACAAGUGGAGAGGUUUUCCAAGUUUUCUCCUUCCCCCUUAUCCAUGAAGCAGUUCAUUGACUUCGGGUCUGCCAAUGCAUGUGAGAAGACGUCCUUUGUGUUCCUGCGACAGGAGCUUCCUGUCAGGCUGGCCAACAUCAUGAAGGAAAUUGAUUACCUUCCUGACAAGCUUCUUGGCACUCCAUCUGUAAAGCUCCUGACCAGCUGGUAUUCCCAGAGUUUGUUGGAACUGGUUGACUUUUUAGAAAAAGAUCCGGAUGAUAAGGACGUGUUAAAAAACUUCACAAAGACUCUGGUAAACAUCCGGAACCGGCACAACAACGUGGUACCCACCAUGGCUCAGGGCGUGUUGGAGUUCAAGGAGGCGUUUGGUGUGGACCCUGUCACCAAUCAGAAUGUCCAAUACUUCCUGGAUCGCUUCUACAUGAGCCGCAUCUCCACACGCAUGCUCAUGAACCAGCACACAUUAAUCUUUGAUGGCAGCGUAAAUCCAGCCCAUCCCAAACAUAUUGGCAGCAUUGACCCCAGCUGUGACGUGGUGGAGGUCGUAAAAGAUGCGUAUGAGACCUCAAAAAUGCUGUGUGAGCAGUAUUACCUCACCUCUCCUGAUAUGGAGAUCAAGGAAGUGAACUCUAAAAGCCCCGGCCAGCCCAUCCACAUCGUCUAUGUUCCAUCACACCUCUACCACAUGCUGUUUGAGCUCUUCAAGAAUGCCAUGAGAGCCACCGUAGAGACCCAUGAGACAAGCCCGACGUUGCCCCCAAUUAAAGUCCGCGUCUCACUGGGCAUUGAGGAUCUCACCAUCAAGAUGUCAGACAAAGGUGGCGGAGUUCCCUUGAGGAAGAUCGAACGUCUCUUUAGCUACAUGUACACCACGGCUCCCAGCCCCGUCCAUGUAGACAUGUCUAGAAACGCUCCUCUGGCUGGCUUUGGUUAUGGACUGCCCAUUUCUCGGCUUUACGCCAAGUAUUUCCAGGGGGAUCUGCAGCUGUACUCUAUGGAGGGCUACGGCACAUCAGCUGUCAUAUAUUUGAAGGCCCUGUCCUCAGAGUCAGUGGAGAGACUUCCUGUUUUCAACAAGUCGGCCCUCAGGCACUACCAGUCCACCAUAGAGGCCGACGACUGGUGCAUGCCCAGCAAGGAGCCCAAAAAACUGGGCAAGUAUGAGAGGACCCAGUGAGAGCAGACCGAGGAGAAAACGGAAGAGACUCUGAAACUGUUUGAAUCAAAGUGUUAAAAAGAAAUUGGAGGUUCUCUGAGAGGAGAAGUGAUCAGAAUGUAGCUGAGCUGGAAUCUUUCUGUAAAAAAAA